AUGAUCGGUGGAGCUCAACCGCAUUUGACGUCGCAGAGUCGGCCCCCCCACCUUCACCUGAAGGGAUCCCCCCCAGCUCCGACAUCCUUCACCGUUGUCAACUACCCCUCCAGCUCUUCCCCCCUGCGCACAUGCCGUUCUGCUAGCGCCGACGAUCUACCCAUUGGGUGUGGAUGCGAUGCCGACGCGGAGCUCGACUCUGCUGCUGCUAUUCUCGUCGACGUCAUCGUUCUAUUGAUGCUGGAGCUGGAAGCCCCGGUCGCCUCUUUCAUCUGA